UGGCCAGAUGGAUACAGCGGGUUCGGAGCGCGGUGACAGCGGAGUGUGGGAAAGUUAGCAGGGGCAGUGAUGGAGAGGGCGACGGGAGGGGAGGCUGAGGGUCACCCAGCGUUCAGUGUUUGCUUGGCAUUGGCCCCCUAUCCGUUCGUGUCGCGAUUUUAACGGGGAGAAUGGAGCGUUUGAUCAGAAUAUUGGAUAUCAACAUUUCCAGCUUCUAACAAGAAUAAAACUGGCCAUGGCUGAGUGUUCCGAGAUGGCUGGAGAUGUAGACUGGAAAGAGCGGUGCAUUACUCUUGAGUCACAGAUGCUGAAGUUUCGCGUGCAGGCCAGCAAAAUCCGAGAGCUGCUUGCAGAGAAGAUGCAGCAGCUGGAGAGGCAAGUGAUGGAUGCCAAUCGUCGUGCUGACAAGGCGAACCAGCAGGUUCGUGUUAUGGAAGAAAAGCUAAACGCAGCUAACAUCCAGACCAGUGAAUCCGAGAAUAAGUUAUACAAGAAUUGCCAGGAACUGGAGGCCCUUAUAGUGGAAAAAGACGAUAUCAUUCAGCGUUUAGAACUCCAGCUGGAUGAACAGAAGCAUCUACGGAUGCAGGAGGCCAAAGUUAUAGAAGAAAAAGCAGCAAAAAUCAAAGAUUGGGUGACAAUGAAGCUACAGGAGCUUGAAAUUGAAAAUCAAGCUGUUAAAUUUGCCAACCAGCAACAAAUGGAACAUAUCCAGAUCCUUCAGACGAAGCUGCAAGCCCUUACAGGGAGUCGAGGACAGAAGUCACCAUCUGGCUUAAGUGAAACCUCAGGAGAAGCCCAGCGGCUAAGCAGCCUGACUUUUGGAUACUUUAAAGGAAAUCCCCAAAGUCUUCAGCAAAAUACCCUGGAAGCUGGGGUAGUGGGCAAACAAUUUACAGACAAGGAAAUGAACAAAUGGUCCCACACAAAACCUGUUCAAAAUACUGAAGUAGAUCAAAGGGGUUUCUUACAAAGCAACUGUGUAUCGGAAGUACAAGGUAGUAAAGGAUUGAUUAAUCAUCAGCUUUUACCAAAAGAAGAAGCCACAGCUUUUAUGCCUUACAGUGAUGAUAGUUCGGAUGAAGGAGUGAGGAAAAACCAGACAAGGUCUAAAUGUUGGUCAAACCUCUCCACUCACACAUCAGAAGAAGCCACUAGACUUAGUCAGAUUGGGAGCGACACCUACUUGACAGCAUCUGACGACAGCAGCGCUGCAUUUGAUGAUGACGGUGAAAUUGAGCAAAAACUACCAUCACAAGAUGUAGUCGCAAAUACUGAAUCUCUACAGGCUGUUGAUCAUUUUCCAAGCAUCGUAAUCUCAAAAACACUGAAUAAAAAAAUGAAUCAUGAUUCUUCUUCUGAUGAGUUGAACAAGAAAUUUCAAUCACAAAGGCUAGAUUCUUCAUCCAGUGAAAAACAAACUCCAAGCCUAAUUCUGACAUCAGCACCUACGACAGCCACUAGGACCCAACCCACACCUUCCAUAACUGAGGCAAAUUCAUUUUCACCUCCAAAAUUAAGGGUUCCUAAUACAUUCGGUAUAAGUGCGGCCAAAGCAAAGAAACAUUGCAGCCAACCUCAGUUAAUCACUGAUCGACUGUUUGGCAGAAACCGUAACGCUAUAAGUAUGAUGAGGCCAAUGGAUCAUGAAGAGACGGAUAUCGAUAUCAUUGAGAUUGAAAGUGAUAUUCUGGAGAAAAUAGAAACAGGCUAUGAAGAGGGAAUGUUUUGCUAUGAUUUAACUGAAACCCAAAUCACUGAGGAGCAACCAAACACAGGAGACACCAAAGGAAAAGUUCCCAGUAACAAACCACCAACUCCUCCUUUGCACAGAUUCCCUUCCUGGGAGAGCAGAAUUUAUGCAGUAGCUAAAUCAGGUAUGAGAAUGUCAGAGGCCAUUAGUACGGACCAAGGUAACAAAUGCACUGGCUUCAUGCCUUCACAAUCAACAUCAGAAUCUUAUACCAGUUUGGUUUAUAACAGCAUGACCACUCCAGUUUACACUGUUUUGAAGGGGAAAGCAACUCAGAUCAGUACCAGCCCUUUCUCAGAUGAGUCUUCUGAAACAGAAGAAAGUGACAGCUCGAGAGGAAGCUCCAGGACUUCAAUGGCAGGAUCAGACUCCCGCAAAGCCAGCAGCCCUAGCAGUCCGCGGGCCAUGAAACGAGGCGUUUCAAUGUCAUCUAUGACCUCAGAAAGUGAUUACGCCAUCCCACCAGAUGCAUACUGUACAGACACAGAAUGUUCCGAGCCAGAGCAGAAGCUUCCAAAAACAUGUUCUUCCCAUUCCAUUGACAGUGGAAAAAAUGAACCAUUAGAAAAGUCUGGAUAUUUGCUAAAAAUGGGAGGAAAAGCAAAAACAUGGAAGCGGCGAUGGUUUGUUCUUAAAGCUGGUGAAUUGUUGUACUACAAAUCCCCUAGUGAUGUCAUCCGUAAACCACAGGGUCAAAUUGAGCUCAAUGUCUCAAAUCAUAUUGUCAGAUGUGAUGGAAAGCAAACAAUUCAGCUUAUUACAGAGAAAAAGACCUACUAUUUGACUGCAGAUUCUCCUAAUAUUCUCGAGGAAUGGAUUCGGGUUUUACAUAAUGUUUUGCGCAUUCAGGCUACCAACCCCCUCUACACACAGCCAGAUAUCAAGCCAUCAAUCGAAGGUUUACUAACCAAGGUGAAGCAUGGUUACUCCAAGAGAGUCUGGUGCGCACUUGUUGGAAAGGUUCUUUAUUAUUUCCACAAUCAGGAAAAUAAGUUUCCAUUAGGUCAAAUUAAUUUAAUGGAAGCAACAGUUGAAGAAGUGGACAGAUCAUGUGAUUCAGAUGAGGACUAUGAGACUAGUAGUCAGAGCCUGCUGUCUACACAUUAUACAAUUGCCAUUCAUCCAAAAAAUCAGGGGCCUACCUACCUCCUCAUUGGCUCUAAACAUGAAAAGGACACCUGGUUUUACCAACUAAUUGUGGCUUCAGGUUGUACUAAUAUAAAUGUGGGAACUGAAUUUGAACAACUGGUUGGCAAUCUGCUGAAUGCAGACAAAGAUUCCUCCUCCCAGCUCUGGAUGCACCCGACUCUGUGCUACUGUAAAGAUGGACUAGCAUCUCCCCUUACCACACUGCCAUCUGCAGCUCUGCAGACUGAAGCACUCAAACUGUUUAAGACUUCUCAGUUAUUCAUCAACGUUGCUAUUGAUGCCCCUGCCAUUGACUAUCAUGUAUCACUGGCUCAGAGUGCUUUACAAGUGUGUCUCACACAUAAAGAGCUUCAGAAUGAGAUCUACUGCCAAUUAAUCAAGCAAACAAGGAAGCAGCAAACCCAGAACCAGGUUGGAACAUUGCAGGGAUGGCAAUUGUUGGCUCUAUGCAUUGGCCUUUUUCUUCCUCAGCAUCCUUUCCUCUGGUUGCUCAGAGUUCAUCUGCAGCAGAAUGCAGAUCCAAGGACUGAAGUAGGAAAGUAUGCUAUUUACUGCCAGCGGUCACUGGAAAGAACUCAGAAAAAUGGAGGUCGUGAAUCAAAACCUUCCAGAAUGGAAAUCCUAUCAAUACUCUUGAGAAAUCCAUAUCACCAUUCACUACCUUUCAGCAUUCCUGUUCAUUUCAUGAAUGGCACAUAUCAGGUGGUUGGAUUUGAUGCAUCCACCACAGUGGAAGAAUUUCAGCACACUCUGAACCAAGAAACUGGCAUGAGGAAACAUGUGCAGUCUGGAUUCUUUCUUUUCACAGAUGAUCCUUCAGGAAACGAUCAAGAGCACUGUCUCCAGGGAAACAUAAAGAUUUGUGACAUAAUUUGCAAAUGGGAGCAAGCCUCCAAAGAACAGCAUUCUGGGAAAUGUGAGGGUACUAGAACUGUCCGGCUCACCUAUAAGAACAGGCUGUAUUUCUCCACACAAGUUCGUGGAGAGACAGAUAGAGAAAAGCUCUUGCUGAUGUACCAAACUAAUGACGCAAUUGUAAAUGGACAUUUUCCAGUAAACAAAGAACUUGCAUUAGAAAUGGCAGCACUUCUAGCUCAGGUGGAGUUUGGAGACUUUGAACGACCAUUCUCAAGUCCAGCUGGUCAGAUCUCAAUGCAAUCUAAAUCAAACCAAGCUCUGAAGCAAGUAAUGGAGAAAUUUUAUCCAAAAAGGUACAGACAAGGAUGUACAGAUGAUCAACUCAAACAAUUACAUCAGCGACUUUCUACUAAAUGGAUGGCUCUCCGGGGUCGUGUUGCUGCUGACUGUGUACGCAUUUACUUUGCUGUAGCUAAGAAAUGGCCUUUUUUUGGAGGAAAGCUGUUUGCUACAAAGCCUAUUGUUCCACCGCUAUCUGAUACUGCACCAGUGUGGUUGGCUGUGAAUGAGAAUGGCAUUAGUGUACUGGAAUACAACUCAAUGCGCUUGAUAACAACAUAUUUAUACAAGAAUAUCAUGACCUUUGGUGGCUGCAGUGAUGACUUUAUGCUUGUCGUUGGAAAGUCAGCAGAAGGUGUAUGUACAAAAGAGAAACCAACACAAAAGCUCCUGUUUGCCUUGUCAAAGCCAAAGAUCCUAGAAAUCACUUUACUCAUAGCCAGUUACAUCAAUAGUUUCCAAUCCCAGAAAGGGGUUGUUCACCACCUAUCGUUUCCAUCUUCACUUUCUGUCCAGACUGCAGGGCACAAAUUAAAGGAUAUGGGAAGUCAACUAUUACUUUCACACACCAGGCCAACCAAAGGACCAACUUUGUUAUAAUGAUGAUGAGAUGCUGCCUGACCUGCUGAGAAACUCACUGAGGAGUUAAUUUAGCUCUUUAUUAUUGCAUUCUAAGAUUAGGUUCACUUUAUUGCUCCACUAAUGAUUAAGUAUUUUCUUGUUUACACUGCAUGGCUGAAACUUGAAUGUUGUUAACUGAAAGAGCGGUUGGCACACUUGCGUGUGUACACUGAAUUACUUGCCUAGCAUUUAAAUAUGAAUAUACCAACAACAGUAAUUGCUGCAAACACACUUACAGUAAUUGUGUUAUCAAUUUCAAAGAUAAGCAUACUUUUAAUCAAAUCUGGUUUAACAAUGCAUUGGAUAUAACCUUCAUUUAAAGUCAAACAGGACUAAUGGGAAAUUCAUUCUUUCAGGAAUCAUGACUGGACUUUCAGUUCUAAAUGUGCACUACUUUAGCAAGGAUGUAUAUCAAUAUUAAAUUGUUGUGUAAAUACAUUCUUAAAUAAUUUGCAAUCUUUAUUUCAAAUCUCAGAUCUAAACAAAAUUAUGUUCUUCGUUAAAAACUGUUCUUCAAGUCUCUGUUAUAUAAGAAACCUCAUUUGUUAAGUUCCAGAAUCCUGGUUGCUACAAGGAUUUGAAAUUACUGAGGGUUCUAACAACCUGUUAUGGCUGACAACAAAAUACUCUUGGGGUGAUUCCUGGAACUUGUCCAUUCCAUUAAUAAGUGUAAUACUGCAUGAAUGCACUGAGUGCCAUUAAUCAAACAAUUAAAUCCUUUAUUUCACCUUCACUGAUGUCACAUAAUAAAAAUUCUGACUUUAUUUUUAUUACAAAUAUUGGUUUAUGGUUUAAUAGUAACAUGUUUCCAUGUUUUUUUCUUUCAAUCGGAUGGUACAUUGAGAGAAUUUCUCUUUUCUGUAAAUCUCAGACAUAAGAGGAAUUUUGAUAUUUUAGAAUAUCAAAAAUUUCUGACCUUGUAUGAAAUGCACAGUAUAUUGCGUUCAGCUUUUCUAUCAUAAUGUUCCAUGUGAUAUUGCAUGUCAAAUUUCACAUAACAUCAAUAUAAUUAAAAUUAAUAUCGUUGUAUCAGAAUGUGCCAGUUUAUUUGCAUUAUUACUACAAAUAUGUAUGUAAUAGUUUAGAUAUAAUUCACCAUAAAAGCUUGUUCAUAUUUCCCGACUUUUUCAAUUUUAAGUGUGCAAAGUAACUUUUUUAAAUGAUUGCUAUUUGAACAUAGUUAAUUUCAUAAUUAAAUAGUGUGAGAUGAUCUGGCAUACAUCUCCACACAGUUGUAUUUUCUUAGUACAAAUGCCUUUAAAACAUUUUUUAGUGAAUAUUCUAU